GGACUUGUCGCAUAAAUCAGACGCCAGUCAAAGACACAUAUAAGGUCGAUGCGAAAGUCGCUUCCCCCUCCAGGAAGGGACGGCAAAAAAACUCCCGACUGAUAACGAAGUCGGGACUUUGAGCUGCUCCAGACCGCUCCUUAUAAACAACCGCCGUGCGCUUCCCCUCUAACGACUUCCUUCGCCUCGAUGGCGGAUUUCAGCGACCUCAUCGUGCAAAUUGGAGACUUUGGAUUUUUCCAGAAGAGAUUAUUGGUGCUCUGCUCCCUGCCGCUGAUCCCUUUCUCUUUUGUCCUGGUGGGGGUGGUUUUCCUAGGCAAGACGCCGGAUCACUGGUGCGCCAUCCCGGAGGCCAAGCGGCUGCGGCGCGAGUGCGACUGGACGGAAGCGGAGGUCAGGGAGGUCACCAUCCCCCGCUCGGAAGCGUCCUUCAGCCGUUGCAACAGGUUCCGCUUGAACCUGACUCACGAAACUUGCGAUGAACUGGAAAAAAUGCUGGCGUCCAACAAGACCCCCGUGACGCCGUGCGACGGCGGGUGGGUUUUCGAUAAAAACUAUUCCACGAUCGUCUCUGAGUUCUCGUUGGUGUGCGAGAGAUCCUGGCUCGCCGAUCUCAAUCAAGUCGCGAUGGCGUGCGGCCUAUUCGUCGGCGCUUUCAUCACCGGCUACUUGUCCGACAGGUUCGGCAGGAAGCCUUGUUUCAUUGCCUUCAUGUUUUGCCUCGGUCUGGCGGGCUUGGGCGUCAUGCUGUCGCCGUGGUACCCGCUGCUUCUGGCAUUUCGCUUCCUGCAAGGGUUUUUGGAAAAGGGAGCGUGGACGUCAUGCUAUGUACUGCUGUUUGAGUUCUUCAGCUCGAACAACAGGAAACUGGUGUCCAUGGUGUGCCGAUCGUUCUUCUCCAUCGGCAUGAUGAUCCUGCCCGGCUUGGCGUACUUGGUACCCUCCUGGAAGACUCUGCAACUUAUCAUGACCCUACCCUGGUUCCUCUUUAUCCCGUAUUACUGGAUGAUCGCCGAGUCCCCGCGCUGGCUGUUCUCUCAGAGGAGGAAAUCGGAGGCCAUGCGGAUCGUGGCCGAUAUCGCUAAGUGCAACGGACGAAGCUUGCCACAGAACCUCCAAGAGAUGACUCCUCUGGAGACGAAGAAAGAACAACAUACUUUAUCCUUUCUGGACUUGUUCAGGACCCGCGCCAUCAGGAGGAACACACUCAUUUUAGUUUAUGCCUGGCAAGUCAGUUUGAUGAUCCUCACGGUUGGACCGCAUUCCUUCCCCACAGUCAAGGGAUUGCCUUCGUUCCGCCUCCGCAGGUUUUCAAGCAGUAUUGUGUUCUACGGUCUGGUUUUGCGCCUGGGGAUCACGGGCGACAACCACUUCCUGGACUCCUUCAUCUCUGCGGCGGUGGAACUCCCCACGGGCCUCAUUUUCUACCUGCUGGUUGACAGAAUCGGCAGACGCUCCCUGUUGGCGUUGACCAAUUUAAUCGCGGGGCUGGCCUGCCUGGCCGCCCCCUUCAUUUCCUCGGAGCUUUCCUGGUUGAAAAAAGCCGUGGUCUUCAUCGGCAGACUCGCCGUUGCCACGACACUGGAGACGCUCAGCUUUGCAAACACCGAGCUGUAUCCCACCACUCUGAGUCAGACAAUCCUCCAUGAAGCGUCUCCAGUGGGUCCAAAAUGCUGCUGCUCACCUCUUAACAGGAACUCGUAAGAGUGAGCACGCAACUCCCUUCGUUGGCUCCCCGUACAUUUUAGAGUUCUUUUUAAGAUCCUACCAUUUGUUUUCAAAUCUUUAAAUGGCCUGAGCUCCUCCACCGCUACGCCGGUGCCUCAGGUCUGCGGACCAGACCCUGUUUGAGGUACAGAGAACUAUGCGGUGGCUCAGAGGGGACGGGGCCUCUUCCGUUGCAUGACCAUGUCCCGUUUGCCUAGAAAUCUGGGCGUGUGCGUGUGUUCGUCAGCCUGCGACGCUGGAGUCAUUGUGGCUCCACUGCUGCUCUACCGGCUGACAACCUUGAGGCAGGAGCUCCCCUUUUACGUCUACGGUACAGUCGAAAAUGUCCCACCGAUCCGA